CCAAUCGAAUCUACCAAGGAGGAACCCACGGGUAGCCCGGUGGUACCUCGACUGUAGUGAUACGCCGCCUGGCGGUACCCACGGUACUAAUUUGGAACCGUGGUACAGCGGAAAAAGAUGCUGGGCUUAGUACAAUCCGCGCGCUUCAUCGACGAUAUACUGGGUGAUGCGGCGAGUUAUGGACGAAUACGGCGGGUCCGCGUAUUAAGUGAAAUGACGCGAAAGAAGUUUUUUCGAAAAAUUGUUUUUCUUUUUUAAGUUUUUAAGCUGAUGACUGGGAUUGUUUGUUUCGUCGGUGAGCUUGAUGUGGACGACCAAUGGAUUAUGAUGCCGCUGCUAAUUAUGCUAUUAUGAACCAACUAUGCAAAGUCUGCGGUGAACCCGCUGCAGGAUUUCAUUUCGGAGCAUUUACUUGCGAGGGCUGUAAGUCGUUUUUCGGACGGACCUACAACAACAUAAGCUCAAUCAGCGAGUGCAAGAAUAACGGCAAAUGUGUCAUCAACAAGAAAAAUAGGACGGCGUGUAAAGCGUGCCGUUUGCGCAAGUGCAUGAUGGUCGGCAUGUCUAAAAGUGGCUCAAGAUAUGGACGCAGAUCGAAUUGGUUUAAGAUUCAUUGUUUAUUACAGCAACAACAACAACAACAGCAGCAGCAACAACAACCUCAUCCACACCACCCUCAUGCUCACCAUCCGCAUCACCCCCACCAGCAGUUCCUGCAGAAUCAACUACCCUCCGGGGACGUCACUGCAAACCUUGCAGCAGCAGCUAGCCUCUUACGCCCCAACCCCUAUCUAAGCCCGUUGUUUCGGAACCCUUCAGCACCAAGCAUUCCAAAUGCUCUACAAGGAGUGCGAGAUAGUGCUUCGAAUUGUGAAAGUGAUUCUGGAGCAAGUUCGGCCGAUUUAGACGACGAUAUGCGUUCGGGUAGUGCCUUGAGUUAUCUCAGACCGUCCGGGUCACCAUUAAGUGACAAAAUAAGUGACAAUGACUAUUAUUCAAAAAAGAAUUUUCACAAUAACAACAAUCACAUUAUAAAAACGAGUUCGCCUGCGCGUGCGCCUGUACUGCCUCAUGCCCCUAGUAUAUCUCCCGCGUCGCUUCCUGCGAUAUCACCGAGUAUAGCGACACCUACCGCCCAUAAUUUGUUAGUAGUUCCUAAUCAGCGAUGGCUGCCCCCGCCGUUUAUAGCUGACCCGGCGAUUUGGAGGGAGCUAUGGCUACGAGGUCAGCCGAGUAUCGCUGAACCAGCGCCGGAUCAGGAUCAGCCAAUUGAUCUCAGUGUAAAACAGGGUAAGAAAACUGAGGUGGGCUUGAAAGAGGAAGAGAAGGAAGAGGCUAGUGGGGAAAAAGGGGAUGGUAGGGCAGGGUUGCCUUUGGACUUGACACUAAACGAUCGCUAGCAAUUUAGUUAUAAAUUUAUAAUAAUAAUAGAAAAAGAAUCUUAUAUUCUAUACAAAACGAUAACAAUGUAAAAAACACAUAUUAUUCCUGCCUUAUUUCAGAAAUUAAUUCCGUCCAGUUCAUUAUGACUCUGUAACAAUUCAGUUUAUUUAAAAAUAAUUAAACAAUAAGAACAAUUGUGCGAUUAGCAGAUUAACGCUAAAAUUAAAAACACUUAAAUCUAAGACACUAAUAUAAAAGGGAAAUGAUUAAUAAACUAAUGUGCAUGUACUGUAAAGGUGACAAAAGAAGAAACGGGCCAAUAGCAGAAGCAAAUAGUUCUAUUCCGUUUGUUUUCUCUCAACAUAAGGCCUAUCACCACGUUUCUUCCAUUUUUAUGCUGUCCAUUUAAAUACAACUCUUUAGUUUAAUAAUCAUUUUUGUUUUAUAUUUAUUUAAAUUUCUGCUAGUUAUAAUUUUGCGUCAGCAUGUCAUAAUUUAUUUUUAUCUCUUGAGGGUUAAACGUUCAUAAUAAAAUCAUUAUUUUUAUUGUAAAUAAUUUUCAGAAGCUAUUUAUUUUGUUAUUAAUUAGUAGUUAACCAGUAAAUAUUUACUUAAUGCCAGUAUACAUGUCCAGUAUUUAAAAUAGGUAUUUUUCUGUAUUUUUUUUUGCAUAUUAUGUUGUAGUACUUUUAAAAUUGCUUUAUAUAUAUUAAUUUAUUAUAA